UAUAUAUUUAAUUAUUAACUGUUAGUAAACAGUUGAGGAAAUAAGAAUAAAAAUGAAGAACAAUUCAGAUGAGAGUGAUUAUGAAAACGGAAGUUUCAAAAAUUUCUUACAAGACAACGAUGGAAGUGUUGAAACAAAAGAAACUUAUUCAUCAUAUUUUUCUUGUUCAAACGAUAGUGAUGGUAAUGAAGAUUAUUAUAAUGAAAGUACUAGUGAAAAGGAUAAUAUAGCCAUAUUCAAAUCUCAUAACGUUUACCAAGAUUUCUCUUAUGAACAAGAUUCAGCUGAUGAAGGUUGUAGUCGAAGUAUGCAGAAUCAUGUCUACGUACAAGAUUUAUCAAAUUGUAAUGGAGGAUUGGAAACUAGGACAAAAAGGAAGACAUAUGAAGAAAAUCCUUAUCACCAUAGUAAACGACAAAAGAUUCAUAGAAGUUCAAGUAAAUCUGACGAGGAGGAUAUUCAUGAAAAGAUAGUUCACAAUACAGGAAAAGAAGUAAUAACACAAGAGUCAAAAAAUGCUGCUGUUAAAAUGGCAAAUAUAGAUAGAGCAUGUAACUUCAUGUUUACUAAACCAGAAGGUUUGAGGGACAAUGAGCUGCUGUACUUUGCGGAUGUUUGUGCUGGACCAGGUGGUCUUAGUAAAUAUGUUCUAUGACGAAAAAAAUGGCAUGCGAAAGGAUUUGGUCUUACUUUAAAGAAUGAAUAUGGUUUCAAAUUAACAGAUUUUUAUGCAGGUCCUUGUGAAACAUUUCAUCCAUACUAUGGACCAAAAGAAAAUGGUGAUGUUUUUGACCCAGAUAAUCAAGAGGCACUUACAAAUCUUAUAAUGCAGCAUACCCAUGGCAAAGGAGUAUAUUUUAUGAUGUCUGAUGGAGGAUUUUCAGUAGAAAGACAAGAAAAUAUACAAGAAAUUCUUUCAAAACAAUUGUAUCUUUGUCAAUGUUUAAUAGCAUUGAUGAUUGUAAGAGAGACUGGUCAUUUUGUGACAAAAUUAUUUCAUCUUUUUACACCCUUUAGUGCUGGUUUACUUUAUUUAAGUUAUUUAGUUAUUUAGUUUAUUAAAGAAAGGUAACACAAAAAUUUUUCUCUUUUCUUUGCCCAUGACACAACUGUUUAAAGUGGAAAAUAAAUCAAUAGUUAUAUGUAAUGUGAAUAGUUUAAUGCAAUCAUCAGUGGGUGAUAGGAAACGGCUAACAUUUGUUAGAAGUACCUUGGAAUUAAUUAUUUUAUGGAUCUCUCCUGUUUAAAUAAAAUUUAUGGUUUCGCCAGUAUAGGAACAAGAAGAACAAAGAGCACACACAAAUUAUUUAUAUAAGGCAGCGUACAAGAUGAACAAUUUAAGGAAAAUGUGGCAUAUAUGAUAUUAAAUAAUAUUUCUGUAUUCAGAUUCUCUUCUGUAGGUUUCAUUAAAGUGCAUUUCUUGUAUGUUACACAGUAUUAUGAUAGAAUGUAAGAAUAAAUACUGCAAUAAUAAACUGUUUGUUUCUCUGUCAA